GAGGGCGCGGGACGUCAGGCGCUGGAGGAAGGACCGCGGGGGGCGGCUGCCGUGUCCACCGCUGCUGAGGAAAAUGGUGUUCGAGUCGGUGGUCGUGGACGUGUUGAACCGGUUCUUGGGGGACUAUGUGGUGAACCUGGACACGUCCCAGCUCACCCUGGGCAUCUGGGGAGGAGCUGUGGCCUUGAAGAAUCUUGAAAUUAAAGAAAACGCUCUGAGUCAACUGGAUGUACCAUUUAAAGUUAAAGUUGGUCAUAUAGGUAAUCUUAAUCUUAUAAUUCCAUGGAAAAACCUGUAUACUCAACCAGUUGAAGCUGUCCUGGGAGACAUUUAUUUACUCAUAGUGCCUUCUUCUAAAAUAAAAUAUGAUCCUUUAAAAGAAGAAAAACAACUCUUGGAAGCAAAACAACAUGAACUUAAACGAAUAGAAGAAGCAAAACAAAAAGUAGCUGAUCAAGAAAAACUUCGGGUGGAGAAACAGGACACUUUUACAGAAAAAUUAAUUACUCAGAUCAUAAAAAAUCUUCAAGUGAAAAUUUCCAACAUCCAUAUUCGUUAUGAGGAUGAUAUCACAAAUCGAGACAAUCCACUGUCAUUUGGUAUUUCCCUUCAAAAUCUCAGCAUGCAGACAACUGAUCAAAACUGGGUUCCGUGUUUACAUGAUGAAACUGAGAAACUAUUUUGUAAGUUAAUCCGAUUGGAUAACCUUUUUGCCUAUUGGAAUGUGAAGUCUCAGUUGUUUUACCUUAAUGAUUAUGAUGAAUCAUUGGACAGCUUGAAGAAGGGCAUUGUCAAUGGAAAUAUUGUUCCAAAAGGUUAUGAUUUUGUGUUUCGCCCCAUAUCUGCUAAUGCCAAACUUCAGAUGAAUCGGCGAUCAGAUUUUGACUUUUCUGCCCCCAAGAUAAACCUGGAUGUUGAGUUACAUGACAUAGCAAUUGAACUUAAUAAACCACAGUAUUUCAGUGUUAUGGAGCUUCUUGAAUCAGUUGAUAUGAUGACGCAAAAUCUCCCAUAUAGGAAAUUCAAACCUGAUGUACCUCUUCACUAUCAUGCCAGAGACUGGUGGGCUUAUGCUAUACACGGUGUUCUUGAAGUAAAUGUCUGCCCCCGGUUACGGAUGUGGUCAUGGAAACAUAUUAGAGAACACAGGCAAAAAAUGAAGCAGUAUAAAGAACUGUAUAAAAAAAAGAUAACAACUAAGAAGCCAACUGGUGAAAUUCUCAUGUCUUUGGAGGAGUUGGAAAAGACCUUGGAUGUAUUUAAUAUAACUAUAUCAAGACAACAGGCAGAAGUUGAGGUAAAGAAAGCUGGAUAUAGGAUUUUCAGAGAAGGAGCAAAAGAUUCAGAGGAAAAUAAAGGAUGGUUUAGCUGGCUGUGGACUUGGUCAGAACCGAGAAAUAAAGAACAACCAGACGUUAAGCCUGGAAUUCUUGAAGAAAUGUUGACCUCUGAAGAAAAAACUUUACUCUAUGAAGCAAUUGGCUAUAGUGAAACAGCAGUUGAUCCAACCUUGCCAAAAACAUUUGAAGCCAUGAAGUUCUUUGUUCACUUGAAAAGUAUGUCUAUUGUUCUAAGAGAAAAACAAGAGACACCUGAGCUGUUAGAUAUUGUAGUAGAAGAAUUUAGCACUUUGAUUGUGCAAAGACCAGGAGCACAAGCCAUUAAAUUUGAAACCAAAAUUGAUUCAUUUCAUGUUACUGGCUUACCAGAUAAUUCAACAAAACCCCGCCUCCUUUCUUCAUUGGAUGAUGCUACGUCACUCUUCCAAAUUAUAUUUGAGAUAAAUCCAUUAGAUGAAACUGUUGCUCAAAGAUGUAUCAUAGAAGCUGAACCUUUAGAAAUGAUAUAUGAUGCAAGAACAGUGAAUAGUAUAGUGGAAUUCUUCAGACCUCCAAAAGAGGUAAACCUAGCACAGCUCACUUCAGCGACUUUGACAAAACUUGAAGAAUUUCGUGACAAGACAGCAACAGGUCUACUGUAUAUUAUUGAAACACAGAAAGUUCUUGAUCUCAAAAUUAAUUUGAAGGCUUCAUAUGUUAUUAUCCCACAAGGUGGAAUAUUUAGCCCUACAUCAAAUCUACUACUUUUGGAUCUUGGUCAUCUAAAGGUGACAAGUAAAAGUCGUUCAGAAUUGCCAGAUAUGAAACCAGGUGGGGCCAGACUUGAAGAGAUCAUGCAUAGAGCUUAUGAUUCCUUUGAUGUUCAGCUUACAAGCAUACAGCUGCUUUACAGCACAGUUGGCGAUGAUUGGAGAGAAGCACGAAAACUCAAUGUAUCUACACAGCAUAUUUUGGUACCUAUGCACUUCAAUGUGGAGCUCUCUAAGGCCAUGGUUUUCAUGGAUAUAAGGAUGCCCAAAUUCAAGAUUUUUGGAAAGUUACCACUGAUUUCUUUACGAAUCUCAGAUAAAAAACUGCAAGGAAUUUUGGAAUUGAUUGAAAGCAUUCCGAAACCCACACCUGCAACUGAAACAUAUGCCCCUGCCAAACCAUUUCAGAUUCAAAGGUCCACUUCUUUGGGAACAUCACAGAUUUCACAGAAAAUGCUUCCUUUCUUGGAACUUCCAUGUGUUGAUGAUGAUUCAGAGGAAGAAUUUUUUGAUGCACCAUGUAGUCCCUUGGAUGAACCUCUUCAAUCUCCCACUGAAAUUCAAAGUUAUCAGAAAAAAUUUCAAAAGCUGGAUUGUUCAAAAAAUAUGAUUCAGUAUAAAAUAAGAUUUGAAGUGCCAGAGGUUUUGAUUCAGUUUUAUCACCUUGUUGGAGAUUCUGAAGUACCUGUGGUAGAAGUUGAUGUUUUAGGAUUGGGCACAGAUGUUGAACUUAGAACAUUUGAUUUGAAAGCAAAUGCCUUUUUGAAAGAGUUCUGCCUAAAAUGCCCAGAACACUUUGAUGCAAACAAGAAACCAAUUUAUUUGAUUACAACACUGGAUAAUACGAUGGAAGAUCUGCUAACAUUGGAAUAUGUGAAGGCUGAAAAGAAUCUACCCAACUUGAAAAGUACUUAUAACAAUGCUGUGCAACUGAUUAAGGUGAAUUUUUCCUCUUUGGAUAUUCAUUUACAUACUGAAGCACUUCUGAAUACAAUAAAUUAUUUUAAUAAUAUAAUUCCACAAUUGGAAGAAAAACCAGCCCCAGUGUCUGUUACAGAGACUGAAGACAAAGGAGAGGUCGUUAAAAAAAUGCCGUUAAAACUAUCCAAGAACGAAGAUAUUAUUACCUUGCAGAUUUUAGCAGAGUUAUCUUGUUUACAGAUCUUUAUUCAAGAUCAGAAACGUAACAUUGCUGAAAUUAAGAUCGAAGGGCUUGAUUCUGAGAUCAUUAUGAGGCCUGCCGCAACUGAAAUAAAUGCAAAGCUAAGGAAUAUAAUUGUUUUGGAUUCUGAUAAGACAGCUGUAUACAAAAAGGCUGUUUACAUCACUGGAAAAGAAGUUUUUAGCUUCAAAAUGAUUUCUUUUGUGGAUGCAACUGCUGGUUCUGCAUACACAGAUAUGAAUGUGGUUGACGUUCAAAUUAAUUUAACUGUUGGUUGCAUUGAAGUAGUUUUUAUCACAAAAUUUCUUUAUUCUAUAUUGGCUUUUAUAGAUAAUUUUCAAGCGGCUAAACAAGCCUUGGCUGAGGCUACUGUUCAGGCAGCAGGAAUGGCUGCUACUGGUGUAAAAGAAUUGGCACAGAGGAGUUCUAGAAUGGCAUUGGAUGUUAACAUCAAAGCCCCAGUGGUAGUCAUCCCACAGUCUCCAGUUUCUGAAAAUGUUUUUGUUGCUGAUUUUGGACUAAUUACAAUGACAAACACAUUCCAUGUAAUAACAGAGAGCCAGAGCAACCCCCCACCCGUUAUUGAUUUGAUAACAAUAAGGUUGAGUGAAAUGCGACUAUACAGGACUCAAUUUAUUGAUGAUGCAUACCAGGAAGUACUAGAUCUGCUAUUGCCGUUAAAUCUUGAGGUGAUUGUUGAGCGAAAUUUAUCUUGGGAGUGGUACCAGGAAGUUCCUUGUUUUAAUGUAAAUGCUCAGCUAAAGCCCAUGGAGUUCAUUCUUAGUCAAGAAGAUAUAACAACUAUUUUUAAAACAUUAUAUAGCAAUAUAUGGUAUGAAGAAGGUGGUGGUGCCUCACCUGCAGGACUAAAAGAUCGGAAUAGUGUUAAUAGUGGAGCUACUAAUGCUUCACACCAUUUAGAAGGAACAACUGUAGUGACUGCUGCCGUGGUAGAAAUACAUUCACAGGCCUCUCAAGUUAAGACAACACUGAAUAUGAGCUUCAGGACCGACUAUCUCACCAUGGUACUGUAUAGUCCAGGUCCUGAACAGACUUCCUUUACAGAUGUUCGUGAUCCUUCUCUGAAACUUGCUGAAUUUAAGUUGGAGAAUAUCAUAAGCACUGCAAAAAUGUAUACAGAUGACUCAACAUUUUCUUCCUUCUCAUUAAAAAACUGUAUUUUAGAUGAUAAAAGGCCUCAUGUCAAGAAGGCAACUCCUAGAAUGAUAGGACUGACAGUUGGGUUUGACAAAAAGGACAUGAUGGAUGUAAAGUAUAGAAGAGUCAGAGAUGGUUGGGUGACUGAUUUAGUCCUUCAAGAAACAUAUAUUUGUGCAAGUGUGGAAUUUCUGCUGACAGUUGCAAAUGUCUUUCUUGAGGCCUACACCACAGGCACUGCUGUAGAAACCAGUGUUCAGACAUGGACUGCUAAGGAAGAAGUAUCUGUACAGGAAUCAGAGAAGUGGGAAAUUAAUAUUAUUAUUAAAAAUCCUGAAAUUGUGUUUGUGGCUGAUAUGACAAGAAGUGAUGCUCCUGCAUUAGUCAUUACAACACAAUGUGAAAUUUGUUGGAAAGGUGACCUUGAGAAUAAUACAAUGACUGCUGCCAUUAAAGAUCUUCAAGUGAGAGCAUGCCCAUUUCUUCCAGUCAAGAGAAAAGGCAAAAUCACUACUGUUUUGCAGCCCUGUGACUUGUUCUAUCAAGCUACUCAAAUAGGUACAGAUCCACAAGUGAUUGAUAUAUCAAUAAAGUCCCUCACACUAAAGGUUUCACCAGUUAUCAUAAACACUGUGAUUACCAUAACAUCAGCACUUUAUACAUCCAAGGAUACCAUCCCACAAGAAACUACUUCUUCUACAGUACAUUUAUGGGAAAAGAAGGAUACAAAGAAUUUAAAAAUGUGGUUUCUUGAAGAACCAAAUGAAGUUGAAAACAAAGCUCCCACAACUGAAUUGAUACUCAAAGGAGAGAUGAUAAGAGUGAACAUUGAUUCUAUUUUUAUAGUUCUUGAGGCUGGAAUUGGUCAUAGAACAGUGCCUAUGCUGUUGGCAAAGUCACGUUUUUCAGGGGAGGGCAAAAACUGGAGUUCCUUGAUAAAUCUCUACUGUCAGCUUGACCUAGAAGUGCAUUAUUACAAUGAAAUGUUUGGUGUAUGGGAGCCUUUGCUUGAACCCUUAGAAAUUGAUCAGACUGAGGAUUUUAGACCAUGGAAUCUUGGAAUCAAGAUGAAAAAGAAAGCAAAAAAGGCCAUUGUUGAGUCAGAUACUGAAGAAGAAAAUUACAAAGUGCCAGAAUAUAAAACUGUUAUCAGUUUCCAUUCAAAAGACCAACUAAACAUUACAUUAUCCAAAUGUGGCCUUGUAAUGUUAAAUAAUUUAGUCAAGGCAUUUACAGAAGCUGCCACUGGAGCUUCAACUGUCUUCAUACGGGAUCUAGCGCCAUUUAUGAUUUUAAAUUCUCUUGGACUUACUGUCUCUGUUUCACCAAGUGAUUCUUUUAGUGUACUUAACGUCCCAUUGGCAAAAUCGUAUGUAUUGAAAAAUGAGGAGAGUUUAAGUAUGGACUAUGUGGGAACGAAAGACAAUGAUCAUUUCAGUGCAAUGACCAGCCUAAGCAGUAAACUCUUCUUCAUUCUUCUCACACCUGCUAGCCACUCUACUGCUGAUAAAAUCCCUUUAACAAAAGUGGGACGACGACUGUACACUGUAAGACACAGAGCAUCUGGGGUUGAAAGAUCGAUUGUUUGUCAAGUUGAUGGAGUGGAAGGAAGUAAGAAGAUAACAAUUCGCUCCCCAGUGCAGAUUAAAAAUCAUUUUUCAAUCCCACUUUGUGUUUAUGAAGGGAACACUUUAUUGGGAACGGCUUCACCUGGAAGUGAAUUCAACAUACCAUUAACAUCUUACCGAUCACCCCUUUCUCUGAAGCCAGAAGAUGAGGACUAUCAAACAUGUGAAAGAAUUGACUUUGAAGAAAUUAUAAAAAAUGAUGGCACUUUUCUAAAGAAGAAAUGUAGAUCUAAAAACACUGCUAAGAAACCAUUUAUCAUUCAUGUUGUACCGGAAAAAGAUAAUUUGGCUUCUCUGUCAGUGUAUUCAGAAGAUGGUUGGGACUUACCAUACAUAAUGCAUUUGUGGCCACCUAUCCUGCUCCGAAAUCUUCUUCCUUAUAAAAUUGCUUAUUAUAUAGAGGGGAUUGAACAUAAAGUUUAUACUCUAAAUGAAGGACAUUCAGCCCACAUUUGUACUGUGCAUUUGGAAAAAGCCAGACUACAUUUAAAAUUACUUGACUAUCUUAAUCAUGAUUGGAAAAGUGAAUAUCAUAUAAAACCUAAUCAGCAAGAUAUUAGUUUCAUCAAUUUUACCUGUGUUACAGAAAUAGAAAAGACUGAUUUAGAUAUUGCUAUCCACGUGACUUAUAAUAUUGGCCAGACAGUUGUGGCAUUUCAUAGUCCUUAUUGGAUGGUCAAUAAAACCAGUCGAAUGUUACAGUAUAAAGCAGAUGGAAUUCAUCGAAAGCAUCCACCUAAUUAUAAAAAGCCAGUUCUGUUUUCUUUUCAACCAAAGCACUUUUUUAAUAAUAAUAAGGUUCAGCUUAUGGUAACUGAUAGUGAAUUGUCGGAUCAGUUUUCAAUUGAUACUGUUGGUAGUCAUGGAGCUGUUAAAUGUAAAGGCCUGCAAAUGGACUAUCAAGUUGGUGUCACUAUAGACCUCAGCAGUUUUAAUAUUACCAGAAUUGUGACAUUUACUCCUUUUUAUAUGAUCGAAAACAAAAGCAAAUAUCAUAUAUCAGUGGCUGAACACGGAAAUGAUAAAUGGCUCUCUCUUGAUUUGGAGCAGUGUAUCCCCUUUUGGCCUGAGGAUGCUUCUAAUGCACUUCUUAUUCAAGUUGAAAGAAAUCAAGGCCCUCCCAAAAAGAUACAUUUUAACAAGCAAGCAAAUUGUAUUUUAUUGCGUCUGGACAAUGAGCUUGGAGGUAUUAUAGCAGAAGUUAAUUUGGCUGAGCAUUCUACAGUUAUUACAUUUUCAGAUUAUCAUGAUGGAGCAGCUCCAUUCCUAUUAAUAAAUCACACCAAGAGUGACAUUGUUCAGUACAAUCAAAGUUCUCUCAGUGAAAUAGAAGAUUCCCUCCCUCCUGGAAAAGCAGUAUUUUAUACAUGGGCUGAUCCAGUGGGCUCUAGAAAGCUGAAGUGGAGAUGUGGAAAAAGCCAUGGUGAAGUAGCACAAAAGGAUGAUAUGAUGACACCUAUAAAUUCGGGGAAAAAGACCAUUUAUUUAGUUUCAUUCUUUGAAGGCUUACAACGCAUUAUUUUAUUCACUGAAGAUCCAAGGGUAUUUAAAGCAACAUAUGAAAGUGAGAAAGCAGAGUUAGCAGAGCAAGAAAUUGUGUUGGCCUUACAAGAUGUUGGAAUUUCUCUCGUCAACAAUUACACAAAGCAAGAAGUAGCCUAUAUUGGCAUUACAAGUUCUGAUGUGGUUUGGGAGACAAAGCCCAAGAAGAAGGCAAGAUGGAAGCCAAUGAGUGUAAAGCACACUGAGAAGUUAGAGAAAGAAUUUAAGGAAUAUACUGAAUCUUCACCUUCAGAAGAUAAGGUUAUUGAAUUGGACACUAACAUUCCGGUUCGCUUCACACCUAGUGGUACUAACAUGAAAAUUCUGCAGCCACAUGUAAUAGCUAUAAGAAGAAAUUAUCUUCCAGCAUUGAAAGUAGAAUAUAGCACAUCCGCACAUCAGUCAUCAUUUAGAAUUCAAGUUUACAGAAUACAGAUCCAAAACCAGAUACAUGGUGCUAUAUUUCCAUUUGUGUUUUAUCCAAUUAAACCUCCCAAGUCGGUCACCAUGGAUUCAGCUCCAAAGCCCUUUACAGAUGUCAGUAUUGUCAUGAGAUCUGCAGGGCAUUCCCAGAUAUCACGUAUUAAGUAUUUCAAGGUGUUGAUCCAAGAAAUGGACCUCAGGUUAGAUCUUGGGUUUGUCUAUGCUUUAGCAGAACUUAUGACAGAAGCUGAAGUGACUGAAAAAACCGAGAUCGAACUUUUUCAUAAAGAUAUAGAAGCUUUCCAAGAAGAAUAUAAAACAGCUUCAUUAGCAGAUUCAUCACAAGUCAGUCUCUAUGAAUACUUCCAUAUAUCUCCUAUCAAGUUGCAUUUAAGUGUUUCACUGAGUUCCGGCAAAGAAGCUAAAGAUUCAGAACAACAGGAAGGACUGAUGGCUGUUCGUUCUUUAAAUCUUUUGCUGAAGAGUAUUGGUGCCACCCUUACAGAUGUACAAGAUGUAGUUUUUAAGCUUGCAUUUUUUGAACUGAACUAUCAGUUCCAUACAGCAUCUGAACUACAGUCUGAAGUAAUAAGACACUAUUCAAAACAGGCCAUUAAGCAAAUGUAUGUACUCAUUCUUGGACUUGAAGUUUUGGGAAAUCCCUUUGGCUUGAUUAGAGAAUUUUCUGAAGGUGUGGAAGCGUUUUUUUAUGAACCGUACCAGGGAGCCAUCCAGGGUCCCGAAGAGUUUGUGGAGGGGAUGGCAUUGGGACUGAAGGCACUAGUUGGUGGAGCUGUUGGUGGAUUAGCUGGUGCUGCCUCCAAAAUCACCAAUGCUAUGGCUAAGGGGGUGGCAGCCAUGACUCUGGAUGAAGACUAUCAACAGAAGAGAAGAGAGGCCAUGAAUAAGCAACCAGCUGGUCUCAGAGAAGGCAUCACUCGUGGAGGAAAAGGCUUAGUGUCUGGUUUUGUAAGUGGCAUAACAGGAAUUGUUACAAAACCAAUCAAAGGAGCUCAAAAAGAAGGAGCAGCUGGUUUCUUUAAAGGUGUUGGGAAAGGUUUAGUUGGAGCAGUAGCAAGGCCAACGGGAGGCAUCAUAGACAUGGCCAGCAGUACAUUUCAGGGAAUAAAAAGAGCUACAGAGACUUCUGAUGAAGUGGAGAGCCUGCGACCCCCUCGAUUCUUUAAUGAGGAUGGAGUUAUCAGACCUUACAGGUUGAGGGAUGGGACUGGAAACCAGAUGUUACAGGUCAUGGAAAAUGGGAGAUUUGCAAAAUACAAGUAUUUUACCCAUGUCAUGAUCAAUAAAACAGAUAUGUUAAUGAUCACUAAAAGUGGUGUAUUGUUUGUAACAAAAGGAACAUUUGGACAGCUUACAUGUGAGUGGCAGUACAGUUUUGAUGAGUUUACCAAAGAGCCGUUCAUUGUUCACGGGAGGAGAUUACGCAUUGAAGCAAAGGAACGGGUGAAGUCUGUGUUUCAUGCCAAAGAGUUUGGAAAAAUAAUUAACUUCAAGACCCCAGAGGAUGCUAGGUGGAUCCUCACAAAACUAGAAGAAGCAAGAGAACCUUCCCCAAGAUUCUGAUGGAGAAUACUGCCUGAAGAGACACAGCAAUAAAUCAUUAGAGUUUCAACCUUGUACCUUCCAAAACCAGUUUGGGAAGUAUAGUACAAAAGUAAUUUCAAGUACUAAAGAAAAAAAAAA